AUGCCAGGUCGAGGGCAGCUGAAACAAUCCAGGGACAAUGCUGCAACAGCUAAGUUAAGGGAGUCGAGAGGGCUGCAGCGGGCAACCCCAAUACCCGCAAUGCUGCAGCGAUUUCUGCUACCAGAAACACCGAGGGCACACAGACAAGUGCAGACAGACUUUCAAGGGCUGCUACAAACAUGGUCGCUGUGCGCUUAUCUCAAACUACCCAAGCUCGCCGCAUACGCCUCGACGGAGACAUUCAGCGCCUUCCGGCCGCCCGUGGAUCUACCUGUCCAAGUAGCUCAUUUUGGUCUUUUUUGCAUUUCAAUUAGGACCCCGACUACAACCUACAGGCCGAAACCCGGAUUGGUAUUUUGCUGCUGUCGGGACGUCAUAGUACUACAUCAGGUCAUGCUUUACGAGCUUAACAGCUACAUUCGCAGUUUCAAAUAUGCAUUGGAAAAUGCUCCCUUUCUUUCCUUCAGCCUUGUAAUUGACGCCGACAAACGGCCUCAUGAUGAACAAGAACGCUGCUACAAUGCGCCUGCGUGCAAUGAAGUGGCCGUUAUUAUAUAUGGGGACCAAGACCGCACGCAGGAUUUCAGAGACCCAUCGAUCAUAUGA